AUGCAUUUGAAACAAAAAGGAUACAGUUUCGGUGUUGUGCUCAUUUACACCAUCACAACAAUAGCUUUACCGGUAAGCCGGUGCGAGCCCACCGUUUCAUCCUUCCGGCAGAAAUCUCAUCCGCCUCCUCUCGAUGACAGCAAGAGCGUUUUAACGACGGAAAGCAGCCCCCAUCCCUCCAGGCCUGAGGUCGGAGAGCGGCCACACCUCGCCUCAAGGCGCGGAGAAGGAGACGAGUCAGAUCUCCUAAACUCUGAAGGUGUGCGAGACCGUCACAAACCGAGGCAAGCCGAGGCUGAGCCGGUCCAUAAGUACAGAAACUGUAGAGACGGAAAAAUUAAACGCGUAGUCCACGGCAAGUUUUUCAUUCCUGGUCACCUGGAGCGAAACGUCCCAACUCUCGGCUACCAAUCAGAUUCUUCUAUUUCAGUCCGGUCUCUGGGAGGCCAGGCGAGGCUCGGGGGUCACCGGGUCAGCAGCACAGUGGAGAGCUGGCAGAAGCUGCAGCCUGUGGUGGAGUGUGAAGAGGACGGCAUGACUCUCACUGUGAGGAGGAGACGAGCUGUACAGCUCCUGCUGGACCGAGCGAAUGAGUCGUCAGUACCUCUGUCCCAGCUACCGCCACAGUGUGGUUACUCUCUUCAGAACACAUGGAAAGACCUUCGUCUGAUGGCUCGAUACGAUGCCUGCCACGUCACUCGAGAGGACGGCAGCUACGUGCUGCCCCUGCUGUGGAGGGGGACUCCAGUUAAGAUGUCCUGUCCAGCGUCUCAGAUCAAGCCUCAGGCUGUGGGCCCAUCCUUCCUCUGUUGCUCUCCACGUGGUAUGACUGUCAAAGUGCAUGAAAUAACUCCCCUAGAGGCGCAAAGAGUAAAUGUGAGAGGAGAAUGGACGCCUUUAGCUCUGUUGGUCGACCAGUGUGGCUACACUUUGGAUAAGCAAGAUGCAGAUACUGUAAUUGCUGCUCCAUUUAUUACAUGUGGCAUCACAGAAAAGGAUGGGGAAUACAUGCUUUCUCUCCAGAUAGGAAAGGAAAUCUUCACACUUGUCUGUCCUGUCUCUCCUUCUGAAGACCUCCCCAUUAACACUCAGCCUCUGGUUGACAGCCCUGCCCAUCUAACCAGGGGGACAGAGGAACCUAUGUUAGGAACUCUGGAGCCUUUUCCAUGGGUACCACCUGUCUACCUGGCUCCACCUUACUAUCCCCACCCUACAUAUAAUCAUAAUUAUGCCAGUCCUAAAGUACUUGCUUCAUAUAACACUCCUUCUCUGCCAGCUUUGACUCCUGAGACUCUCCCUCCUGUUGAUUCCCAGCCAGACUAUCAGCCUUACUACUUCUACCAGAUACCUUUCUGGGAGCCUUAUGAACACUACAAUAGCCACAGUCCUCUGUCACCUGUUGGAGAAAUGGAAGAUUUAAGUCAGGUGAAUCCAGAACAAAGGCAAAAUCAACAAGCUCCUUUCUCUGUGUCCUCUGAGGAGCACAGUGCCACUCCUACAGGCUUUCCAGCUCAGGUUGAAGCACCUCAUUUCCAGCCUCUGAGUAGUAGAGAUUUCAAUCUGUACUACCACUACUACCAUCACCCCAAAAUCCCCCUUUCUGUCAUGCCUCAAAAAGGUCCUGAUGUUUCUGACAAAAUGUCCUCAACCGAUUCACAUAAACAUGAGUUUUCAGUUCAACAGUCUCCUCCACCUGUGUCAGACACUACCUCCUAUCCCUACACCCACCCCAAAAAUGCUAAAUUGGUUCACAAAGCUCCUGCUCUUCAGGCUCCUUACCAUCUAAACCCCUAUCUAUACUAUUACUACUACUUUCCACAUAUUUCAAGGGCUUCCAGUAAAUGA